AUGUGGAUCUUACUAGACAUACUCUGGAUUCUCCUCGUGCUGAUUCCAAUGGUGUCUUGUGGAGCUCACAGUUCUUGGGCAGGGACAACUGAUGGUCAAGGACUUAAUCAGCAUUGUGCAACUUGCAGUUUUUUCAAGAGGUCCAGCAUUGUUGCAAGUCAGAGGAGACUACAAUGGGCCAGAGAUGCAACUUUGGCCAACUUUGACAGGUCUGAGUCAUGGUCAGGGAACAUGUCACAAAGAAUAUUUCCAGUGAGGUCCAAUACAACUCACACAUCAUUCGAUGGCCCUAAUCUCGUAGCAUCCGAGUUGCAGCCGCACCUCUUCCACACCUCAGAUUUGGAAACUAGGGCAAUGGACAGGGAGGGCCUUGAUUCUGGUGAUGGAUUUGACCACAUACAUCACUCCACUGUCUCUGAGGAACCCACACUUCCUCCUAGGAGACAUUUCCCGAGGUCUUUUAAUAAUAUUGAGCAUUCGGCUGAGGAUCUCGAUGGUAGCCACCAGAAGUCAGAAACUGAGGUCCAGCGCCUCGUCAGAGAAGUUCUUCAAGCUGAUGAUUUCAAUGUGAAGCAUCUUGAUGGGUUUUUGGUAAAGAGGAAUGAGAAUGGGAGGAAGGUCAAUUUCCCUGAUGAUUGGGUUGAAUCUACCAUCACCAUUGAUAUUCCAACGAAGUCAAAGGAGGAAGCAUCCAAGGCAUAUACUGUUGCCAGUUUCCAUUAUCAGCCACUCAUUGAUGUAAUUCAUGCCGCAUUUGCAGAUGUUCAAGCAGGCACAUUCCAUCUCUUUCCUUUCAAAUGGCUAUGGAGAGAUCCCUUGGACAAUCACCAGGAAUGA